AAAUGUCUUCUCUUUCGAGGAAAAAUGAAGGAAACAGUAGUGAUAGUUGCAGGCGCUGGGCCUACUGGAAUCUCCACUUCUGCUUGUUUAAACCUGCAAUCCAUCCCCCACAUACUCCUCGAAAGAGAAGACAUUUACUGUCCCAUUUGGACCAAGAAAUCCUACGAUUGUCUCCACCUUCAAUUAGCCAAGCAAUUCUGUGAACUUCCCCACAUGCCAUUCCCUGAUUCAUACCCAACUUAUGUACCCAGAAAACUAUUUGUCCAAUACUUGGACAAUUAUUUAACCCAGUUCAAUGUGAACCCGGUUUACAACCGGUCCAUCGAAUCGGCGGCGGCGUACGAUAAGGUUGCCGGAAAAUGGCUGGUCAAGGCUAGGAACUUGAAGACAGAUGAGGUGGAGGAGUACAUGUCAACAUUUCUAGUGGUGGCCACCGGCGAGACCACCGACCCAUUCAUACCGGAGAUGAAAGGGAUAGAAAGCUUCAAAGGGGAGAUUUUACAUUCCACAAAAUACAAGACUGGAGAACCCUUUGCCAACAAGAGUGUUUUGGUUGUUGGGUGUGGUAAUUCUGGAAUGGAGAUUGCUUAUGAUCUAUCAAACUUUGGAGCUAGGAGCUCCAUUGUAAUUCGAAACCCGAGACAUGUUAUGACUCAAUGGAUGGCAUAUGUGGGGUUGAGCUUGUUCAAGUAUUUGCCCUUUGAGUUGGUGGAUGAGAUUGUUCUGUUGCUUAGUAAAUUGUGGUAUGGAGAUAUGAGCAAGUGUGGGAUAAGGAGACCCCAAGAAGCUCCUUUCACUAUGAAAGAUAAGUAUGGAAAGUAUCCAGUCAUCGACAAAGGCACUGUUGGGAAAAUUAAGUCCGGCGAGAUUCAAGUUUUACCUGGAAUAUCAAGCGUAGAAGGUGAUGAAGUUAUCUUCACGGAUGGCAAGUCCUAUCAGUUUGAUGUAAUUUUGUUUGCCACGGGAUUUCAUCGAAUAACAAAAAAAUGGCUAAAGGAUGAUGAAGAGUUUCUCAACGAGGAUGGAAUUCCAAAACAAAGUUAUCCAAACCAUUGGAAGGGAAAGAAUGGAUUGUAUUUUGCAGGGUUGGCAAGACAAGGCUUGUAUGGAGGUGGUGUGGAUGGUCAAAACAUAGCUAAUGAUAUCAAGAAAUUAUUGUGAAGAACACCAAUUGCAAGGGAGAUUGUAUUCAGUAAUUUCUUAAAAUGUUGUUGCUAAAAGUGAACCUAUUAAAUAUCA